AUGUCUGAUGGUCAAGGCCAUUUGGGGCUAGUGGCAAACAAUCAAGGUCCACGCUGUUUAAUCGUUGAGUGUCGGCAGACUUACAUUCUCAACGUUAAAGGAUGUUCCCCAAAGGCAUACAAUUCGCUAAUAAACCUUGGAAGUAUGCAGUUGAACUACUUCAUCAGAUACUUAAUCACCACCCUACUAUCAUUUCUUUAA